UAUCUCCAGUCAUUUAGUCACACACACACGCACACGCACACGCACACGCACACACAGUAGCUGACAGAGUGAGCACUAAGCAGCAUCUUACUCGUUUUCUAUCUCUUUGCCAUACCAACCGAUAGCACAACCAGCAUGGUACAUGAAAUAUACUUCCUCGGAGUAAGCAACCUGAUUAAAGACUGCUGCUAAGCAUUUGCGUAUUAUGAAAGACGCUAGCUGAUAAGCAAGAGCGAUUUAAAGGUACAUAAAUAACUCCCCCAACAGUAGCAUUAGCUGCACGACAGAAGAACUUAACAGGUGCAAAUACUUCAAAAGAAGACAAAAAGCCACGGCGUCCCAAAGUGGUCUGCGCAGCAUCGAGACGCGUCAUAUUCUAUAGAAGAAGAGCAUAAAAGGGAAAGAACAGAAAAAAAGAAAAAAGGGCGGUGACAUAUCGAAAGGGAAAAUAAAGUAAAUUGCAGCUCUUAACAAUUGGGUUGGUGUGAGCAGGAAGUCUCACAGGCUGCAGAAAGAGCUCGUGGAAAUAAAAAAAGAAAAACGGUUUCAUUAACUCGGCGCAGUCGAACCUUUGCAAUGGCUCGGGAAAACGGAGAGACCAGUAAGGUGUCAUGGAAAAAACAUGUUGAUGAAAUCAAGAAGGUAUUUGAAUUCAAGGAAAUCCUUGGAACUGGAGCAUUUUCAGAAGUUGUGCUGGCUGAGGAGAAGUCCACUGGGAAAAUGUUUGCCGUCAAGUGUAUCCCAAAGAAAGCACUAAAGGGCAAGGAAAGCAGCAUAGAGAAUGAGAUUGCUGUUCUCAGAAAAAUCAAGCAUGAAAAUAUUGUUGCUUUAGAAGAUAUUUACGAGAGCCCAAAUCAUCUGUACCUCAUCAUGCAGCUGGUCUCGGGAGGCGAGCUGUUUGACCGAAUAGUGGAGAAAGGAUUUUACACAGAGAAGGAUGCCAGUACCCUGAUACGGCAGGUUUUGGACGCUGUCAAUUAUCUACACCAAAUGAGCAUAGUCCACAGAGACCUCAAGCCAGAAAACCUGUUAUACUUUAACCCUGCUGACGAGUCCAAGAUUAUGAUCAGUGACUUUGGGUUAUCUAAAAUGGAAGGAACAGGAGAUGUCAUGUCAACGGCAUGUGGGACUCCAGGUUAUGUAGCUCCAGAAGUCUUGGCACAGAAACCCUACAGCAAAGCAGUAGACUGUUGGUCCAUUGGUGUUAUUGCCUAUAUUCUAUUAUGUGGCUACCCUCCGUUCUAUGAUGAGAAUGACUCCAAGCUUUUUGAACAGAUUCUGAAGGCAGAGUAUGAGUUUGAUGCUCCGUACUGGGAUGACAUUUCAGAUUCUGCUAAAGAUUUUAUUAGCAGUUUGAUGGAGAAGGAUCCUAAUAAAAGGUAUACAUGUGAUCAGGCGCUCCGACAUCCCUGGAUUGCUGGCGAUACAGCCCUCAGCAAGAAUAUCCACGAGUCUGUCAGUGCACAAAUUAGAAAGAAUUUUGCAAAAAGUAAAUGGAGGCAAGCCUUUAAUGCCACAGCGGUUAUCAGGCACAUGAGACGAUUACACCUGGGCAGCAGCAUGGAGGGCUCACACCACCAAAACGCACAGACCAGCCCGCACUUAAACAGCCCUCCCACAGACACAACCGCUCGUAAAGAUUGUAUGUCCCCCUCCACUGCUUGUAGUCUAGCGUCUGCAGCCUCGUCCCCCUCCCCUGUCCUGUCUCCAGUAGGAGCUGAGAGGAGACCCCGACCCACCACAGUGGCCACAGUGCAUACCGGAAGCAAGUGACCCACUCACCCUGCAGGGAACCAGAUGGGAAAUGACAUCACUGUGAGAUGUAUCCCACCAUUCUCCUAAUGAUUUCACCCUGCCAUGUGCACUGAAGCCUGGAAGGACUGGAAGAAAGGAAGACUUUUUAUGGCCAUAUUUUAUACUGUAACUAUAAAUGAAUUUCAUGUAUCAUAGAACUUGCAUUGAACCCCAAUGUAUCCGAAUGGAUUUUUUCAGUAUCCGGUUCUGUGCAUAUCCAUUUUGAAACGUUCUGGUUUAAUAAGGGACAUUAGGUUUUCUCAGUGAUUUUGCAACAUGACUCCUGUGGCUUUCUACUUUUUUGGGUUUUUUUUUUUCUUCAUAAAUCCAAGUUGUAACUGGAUUACCAAGUUCUGAAAUAUUACGUCCAAAGCUUUAUUUCUGUUUUUCUAAGCUUCCUAGUUCUAUGUCUUUGUGACAAAGAAGUAUUUUAGAAUUUAAGAAACCUCUGUGAAUUGUUUUUCAGGUGAUCAUUUUGGCAUAGAUUUUGAUGGCUUUCCGUGAAAAUAACACAAAGGUCAGUCAGACUUAGUCGUAAUUAGCAUUUGUUUGUAAGAAGGCUGUAAAAUGAAAAUGGCUUAAAUUACAAUAAUGGGGCUCUAGCUAUGCUAUCUCACACCUGGGAAAUGUUAUCAUCUUGUGUUUAGUACAUUUCUUAUAUAUAAAUCACUAUAACCAUUUCCUUCACGUAAUUAUAUUCAUAUAUACUUCAUUAAAAUCAGUAUGUGCAUAUAGAAACAAAUUAAGAUUUAACAUAGUAAACUUAGAAAAGCCUAAAUUAGAUGUUUUGCCAUCUUAACAAACCCCAGAACCUAUCAUUUAAAUUGCUGUAACUGUGUCCCAUGUGCUAAAACCUGCUAUUUUGUUUGAAGAAGUAUCAGCUUUUUUCAAGGACAGUCAGUUCUCAGGGAAACUAGUCAUUUGAAUCAGAAUCAUUAAAAUGAUCCUGUUAGAAAAUGUAACUAAUUAUGUUCAUAUCAUAAUUGGUCUCCCUUAUAAAAGUCUACUGUGUACAAUGGUAAAAGCAAAGGAAGGUGUGGCAAGCAUUGCGUAUCACAGAGAAGUAUGGUAAAACAUGGUGAAAACCAUAGUUAGCCACCAUAAAACAUAUUGAAUGCAGACAGUAAUAGUAGCACUGUAAAGGCGUGGUAAAAUGCAUAUUUUUCAUGCUAAUUUACCAAGUCUGCUGUUAUAUAUUUGUAUGUGCCAGAUACCUAACUUUGUUUAAAUUAAGGGCAUUGUAGUAUAAUAGCUCAUGAAACAAAAGUUCCUUCAGUCUUCACAUUUAACAAAAUGUACUGUAUGAUUUAUUUCUCAUAUUAAUAGAUUCAAUGUCAUGUAUAAUUUGUUUGAAGUGUGAGUAGUUUUAAGUUCUGAAUCUUUAGUCUUACUUACAUGAGUAGUGUCAGUCAGUUACUUAAUACUGCCUCUACCAUUGGAUAACAUUUUGAUAAUGAAGCCGCUAACGGUUUUUAAAAAGUACCAACAAAACAAAUAACAAUUGUGUUUUGUGCAGCAAAUCUGAAGUUAUUUUAUUUGGAAGAUUGUUUUUGUUAGUUUGUUUCUGAUAGUUAUGUCUCACUCCCAGAAUGCAGAUAAAUGGCAAAAAAGGCAAAACAUGAUUUUGUAUUCAAGCGACUACAGUGCUACAGCAGACAAAGGUUUGUAAAUAAAUACUGUAGGCAGGGACUUCCAUGUCCAGGUUAUCACUGGAAAAUUAGAAAUCACACAAUGUCCUUUAAUGGUUUUUUUGUUGUUGUUUUUGUUUAAUUUUAUUACAGUACAACAUGCUGUUGGGAAUAUAAAACUUAUAAAAAAAUAAAAAAAACAAGAAUUAGUAAACCAUACCAUUUGUUAGCAUCAUCCACUGAAUACUUACAUGAUUUUUUUGUUUGUUUGUUUUAACUUUAUGAUGUAGUCUCUAAAUGGUGUUUUAAAAAUAUUUGACCACUCAAAAUACACUUUUCUGAGAGUAUAGAAAAUAAAAACUAAAGAAAAACACAUAAAUGAAUACAAAAAAACAGAAUCCCUAAUCAUUACCAAACUCAAGAACAUUAAAGUUGUCCAAGCCUGCUGGCUAAGACUUUUUAAAACCACAGGCAGUAUCUUCCCCCUUAUGCUCACUGUGGCAAUGUCAACAUUUGUUCUGGAAAGUCAUACUGUAGUCAUUUCUGAUGCCAUCACUAGAUAUGUGGACCAUGUGACCUGCCCGAAAGUUAACAUAAUAUCCAGUGCAGUCAUCUUUAUUGAAGUUCUACUUUGAGAAAGAUUCCAGAUUAAAUACAUAUUAAAAUGUAUACAUUAUUUAGAUUGCCUGGCUGGAAAGAGGAGACAUGAAAAAGUCUUUCAAGUGUAAAAUGAAAGGGAUGCACAGUCUGAACAGGGGAAGUAGUGAUAAUAUUAUGAUACAUGUCUGGGAAAGGGACAAGACUGCUUGACAUGGUGAAUGAUCAGUAGGUAGCAAUAACUUAUUUUCACUCUAUUUUAAAUUCAUUGAUGUUAGUAGAGCAUGUUGCAAGUUUGCAUUUUCAUCAAAGCACUUGCUUAUUCUUAAAUUAUUUGUUUGAAGACAAAGUGCCCUGUUUUUAUUUGCAAGUUUUUAAAAAUGAUAUUUCUUUGCUAACUAUUUGUAAAAUAAAGCUGGAAAACAACCUAUUGCAAUCAUUAGCUUUCAUGUAAAUCUGUUUUUAAAAAAUGAGGUUUUAUGUCAAUGUGCACCAAGUGUGUGGAAAAUCCAGUCUGAAGGCUGGAAGUGAUUUAUCUUUUUUUUCCAUAAAUCAAACACACUCAUGAAGGUUUGGGUUUACUAUUAAUAUAUGUUUUUCACUUAGGCUAACUGGGCAAGUAUUAAGCAAACUGUGCAGGUAUCUGCGUAACGUAAUGAAGUCAAGUGCCAAGGUAUUUUCAGCAGUUAGAUGUACCAAACCUUCUGAUGUGACUGUGCUGCUUUAUGCAUUGCUUAUCAUUUAUGAUUAUGCCUCAUCUCUUUUUUUUUUUUUUUAAAUAUAGCAAGUGAAGCUUUUCAAUAUGCAGCUGUCCCCUGCUGAUUUACUAGAGGCUGACUCAUUUAUAAGAGGAAGUGCAUUAUUGAUGUAUACACUUGAAUUAGUCUUUUGUCAACCCAGAACCUGCUAGAUGUAUUUAUGUAUGUAUUAUUAAGAUAUUCAAUGUUUUUAAUUGUGCUGUUUUACAGCAUAUAUUACCAUUGUUUCAUUCUGCACUUAGCAGGUAGCUGUAAUUGAAACAUAAUCUGGCUGUUCUGAGAUUUUGAUUAGUCAGAUUAGGCCACUACACCCACUUAUUUUACUGCUUAUCAUUUAUGGUGGGAAGCAUAGACUGAAGCCUACUGAAGUUUAUAUUAGAAGCUCCCAGGACUAUCAUGUGUUUAUAUGACUUGAAUAACGCAUUUAACAUGAAGACUAUUUCACUUGCUAGUUUUUAAUAUUCUUACUCUUAAAGCCAGUCUACACUAACCGCUUUGUGGAGCAACCGAAAUGUACUGAUUAGAACAGAAAGUUGCAAGUCAUCAAAAAAAAAAAAUACUGAUGCACAAAAGAAAUGCAACACUCAGGUCUAAUGUAUUUAAUAAAAUAUUUUAAACAUAGAUGUCACGGAAAAUGUGAACAAAAAUACAGAUCAAAGAAUCAUGAUAUGUUUCAGUAUGUGGCACACUGUCAAAAUGAAAACAUUACAAAGUUAGUAUCGGGUAUGACCUCCGUGAGCAUUAACACAAUCCUGGCAGUGUUGACGCAUAGACCUGAUCAGCCUCUGGACAGACUGAUGUGGGAUGUUCCGCCACUCAUCCUGUGCAGCUACAGCCAGCUAACGAAGUUUGGUGGGUCGCUGUUGUCUCCUGUGGAUGGCACUGGCGAUUUGGUCCUAUAGAUGUUAUUUUGGACUUAGGUCAAGAGAAAAUGCUGGCCACGGCAAGACCUCGACAUUGUAUUCUUGAGGUUGUUCAAUUGUAGUCCUAGCACUGUGUGGUCUUGCAUUGUCCUGCUGGAAAAUUGACACUUCUGGAUUGGCUUGCAAGAACGGAAAAAAUUGUUGCCUCAAGGACUUUGUGAAUGUAUCGCUGAGCAGUAAGGUUGCCCUCAAUCUGCACCAAAGGCAUUUUUGUGUUAAAAUAGAUUCUUCCCCACAUCAUCACCGCCCCACUGGUUGGCUUGAACAACUCAGCAGCAUAACACUCACCACGACGUCUCCACACACGUUGUCUUCCGUCAGGUCUGUCAAGGGCAAAACGGCAUUCAUCAGUGAAUUAAACAUUCCACCACUCUCUCUGCUGCCACCUCAGAUGUUCUCUGGCCGACAGAAGACGGUGAUUUCAUCUCUCAGCUGUCAACAUGUUACCCCUGUAUGGCCUCCGAGCAUGAAAAUCAUUUUCAUGCAGACGGUGAGCUACAGUCAUUCUGCUGAUGCAUGGGUUAUUUCUUCAUGGAAUUUCUCUUGCUGUAGCUACUGCAGGCUGAAAACGGUUACGUAGAUGGAUCAGUUGGAUGCAACAGUCCUGGGCCGGUGUGGUGACCCUCUGCCUUCCAGGACAUGGCCUGUCCCUUACAGAGCAGGUUUCCUUGUUUCUCUGGACUAGUCUGCUGAGUGCUGAAGCAGAACAUCUCAUUCUCCAGGCAACUUCUCUCACAGACAGCCCGCCUUCAAUCAUGCCGAUAGCAAUCAGGCAAUCUUCAUUACUCAAGCGGGGCAUGGUCGUACCUUUCGCUGUUCUUGCGUUAAUUAAAAUCAUGUUGUUUCGAAUGGCUAUUUAUACAGAUUCUUACUCAACUCAUUCUGGCGUUUUUAUGAAAUCACAUGACUUGAGCUCAGUAUUUUUUUAUUCAAAGGAACACUACUACUCAAACAAUCAAGAAACAUAUCUGCUCACUAUUUAAAAUGUAAAUAACAUUAUGUAUGUGCCCAAUGAGCUAUUGAUGUAAAACUUAGACUGUUGCGUUUUCAUUGUGCAUCAGUAUAUAUAUAUAUAUAUAUACACACACACAUAUAUAUGACACCACGGUAUACAGUCUUAUUUAAAACCACAAAAAUUAAUUGUUAGAAAUCUAUCAUCCCUGCAUCACCUGUUAUUUUGGAAUUCAACUUAUUAUCAAUUCAUGCACCUCUUGCAUCUCAUUAGUAUGAGGCUGCUGGCUUAUGCCAAUGAGAGGAGGAAGGGAAGUCAUUGGUCCUUUAAAACCAGUGCAGGACUCAAGAAUGUGCAUUGAAAGGCAACAAUUAAUAGCAUGGGCAGUAGAAAACAAACUUUAAAAUAGAAAAGCGUGUAUUGUUUUAUUUUGUAGUGACUAUAGAACCCCCCUUUUCCUGAACAUGGCUCAUCAGUUUCCCAAGUCGCCAGGAGGUUGCAGCGGUGAAUUGGGAUACAAAUAACAAUUGGGCAUUCCAAAUUGGGGAGAAAACCAGGUUAAAAAACCAUUGGAGACGACUACAGUUUUUAUUAAAAAAAAAAAAAAAAAAAAAAAAAAA